CUUUAGGACAGAGUAUUCUAUUAAGAAUAAGAUCAGGUUACACCUCUUCAGCUAUCUUAAAUAUAGUUAAUUACUUAUUAUUUAGGUGAGUUAUAGUACAUUAACGAUAUUAAUUAAGGGGGUAAAUAUGCCUGUUACAUAGGGCAAUAUUCCCUGUAGCUUAGCGACGCUAAAAGUGGCUUUCAGUAGCCCAUGGGAUAGAACCCCAAGGCAGGAUGAAAAUGUUGAAAUAACAUCGCUCGACGACAUGUGUUCCCAGAGCUAAGCAGAACAGCAAGGUAAUGAAAAUGAAUGGAGAAAUCAGGUGAUCUUCAUAUGGAGAGAGCCAAAAAGCUUGCUUAAGGUCUUCAAGUAUUGUCCUUGAUUGUUUGGUGAUCGGAAAGAGUCGUUUUUGUUGACGGAGCGAGAUUGACAGAGAUUACCCGUUGCGGAAUAGCUCCAUCUGGUCAGCUUCACUCACUCCCCCAUCUUCACACGAUUAUCCCCAAAGUCCCAGAAAUUAUACCUGACAUAAGCAAGUCGAUGAUAACAAUGGAUAACGCUCACCCAACUACCGGAUCCGGGGAAACUGGCUGUCUAGGCGCCAAUAUGUAUUCCGCCGCUUCAUCAGGACCACAAAAUAGUGGAGAUGUAGAAUCGGAAGCCAUGGGAUGGUCUCCACAUCCAAUAGAUAUAACUACCGACCAUUAUGUACAACAGUACAGUCAAGUCCACUCACCUGCUUGGGAUGGAGGACCAAACAUCUUUGAAGGAAAACAUGAAGGUUUUUGUUUCGUUUGUGGGUCCUCAAUGGAGCUCUUUGAAUGCCAAACUUGUGAUACUUCGUAUCAUGCGGCUUGCAUGACUCCGUCUUUAGACCCUGGUGAUGUUCCAGACUUCUGGUUCUGUCCGCACUGUGUCGCAAGAGAAUUGCAUCUUCCACAGCCACCGCCGACGACUAGCUUUUCUUCUCCACCACCAUUAACCCCCUCUACCACUCCGUCAGAUGUAUCGCACUCAAGGAAUUCUUCGUCGGCCCAUGCUGCCCCGCCUCAAAGUAGCGUGUCUGAGAACACAAGGAGGUCUUCAAAUCGCGAUAUCCCUGUACUUGGGACUUUAUCGGCCGUGGUUUCUCAGCCUCAAUUGGUUCCAGAAAAAGUAGCUGCUCCACUGAUUGCUCUACCACAAGUCAGUACCGCGGCCUCAAGUGCCCCUAAAACAGCCACAGCGAAAGGCAAUGUCGGUCGUCCAAGGAGAUCGUACUCACCACCACGCAAAAAGUCAAAGUACUCCGCAUUCUCAUCUGAAGUUGACAAAGCCCUAGCUGUUAUCCACAAAGAACUCGAGGCAUCCGCCCACGUAGGAAAAGCGGAGUCUGAUCUUCGCGAUAGAAUCCAAAUGUUGGAGCAGGAGCUCAGACUGAAGGAUGGACAAAUUGCCCUGGCUCGUCAGGAAUUAGAAUUGGCAAAGAGGCACGGUGGGGACUCGGCUGGUCUAAAAACCGAAAAUGAGCAACUGAAGGCACAGAUCUCAAGGCUGAAUAGCUUGUUGGACAGUAAAGAUGCUGAGUUGCGGGAUUGGAGAGCGAGGUUAAAGUCCAUGAUUGGAGAAUGAAUUGGAUCACGCACAAGAGAAGAGCAAGUUGUACCCCGUGGCGAGAAGUUCGGCUGGAUCAUCUACGAAAUGCACCGCAGAACUGCGCGGGCUUCAAGGAUCUGGGGAGGAACGCUAACAGCACAUCAAUCCUGCCACAUCAUCUCGCCGUCUUGGAAUAUCCAAAAACCCGAGACACGGAAACUAACCUAGGAGCAUCCCUCCUCGGACCGAGCCUCUCCAGAUCCUCUUUGACUGCUCCUGUCAGGUACGAGAUCCUCGAGUUAUUUACAGAAAAUUCAAAUGGGAUACAACGGUCCGGUUUGUAUAGGAAACUUCACUGGUAUCAUUUUCUUCAAACUGGUGCCGAGGAGAUAGAGAUAAUCGUUCUUUUGAAUCGCAUAUACAAAGUCUCAGCUGGUAAAGUUAUACAUGGCGAACGGAUUCGACCAUCGCGAUGUACCGAGUGAUUUCCAUGAAUCAAAUCUGCAUACUGGCGCUAUUCGCACCUGUCUUGCUAGACAUCUAGAAGAGGAGCCUGCGCAGCAAAUUUGGAGCCAUGAGAAGUCUGCGAGAGGUCGAAGACUCCGGAGCUGACGGUCCUGGCUGCUCCUGUAGGGACGAUGGGAUGGUAUUGGGAUGAUUGAAGAGGCGGGGAGGCGGGGAGGCGGGAGGCGGGGAGAGGACAUUCUGUUUUGA